CCCUAAGGCGCGGACAUAACGGAAGUUUAGACGGUUGCUCAGGGUGAACGAAGGGAAGAAAUACAGCAUUGCAUCAAACAAGAGAUCAUUUUUCCCAGAUUUACCCAGGCUCCCUUUCCCUCACAAAUGGCAUCUAGUUCUAAAAUGGACAUCGAGGGUGCGACCCAGCACCUCCGGGACAUCCUGAAGCUGGACCGGCCCGGGAACGGCACCGAUUCACCGUCCAGUGAUGGUCUAAAGCUGCCGUCUUUUAACGGAGAGCUGAAUGGGUUAUUGGGAGCGGCCGGCCUUCUAGGGGGCACUGAUCGGUCCUCCAUGUCAGAAUCUACCAGACCCAUCUCCACAGACCUGAGCACAGCGCAGGAAACACAGAUAAUCUGCCUCUCAGGUGACGACAGCUCCACCUGUAUUCCUAUCACCUCCAACAAUGUGGAGAUUGUGGCAAGUCAAGAUUCCGGCAUAAACAGCAAGGCCCGAGGAAGCAACAAGGUGAAGAUCCAACCUGUCGCCAAGUAUGAUUGGGAGCACAAGUAUUAUUACGGCAGACUGAUCGCUGUCUCCAACUCCUUCGUAGCCUACGCCAUCAGAGGAGCCAACAACCACGCAAUGAUCCGUGUCCUGAGCGUGGGCUCUGCUGAGCGCUCUCUACUGAAGGGGUUCACCGGAGCCGUCACAGAUCUGGCGUUUGCACAUCUUGACUCCUCUCUGUUGGGUUGUGUAGAUGAAGCGGGCAACCUGAUGGUCUGGCAGCUGACCUGCACAGCAAGCAAGAUACUUGACCAGGUGGUGGUUCAUAUCCGACGGCCAGACGACACCCCAUUGAGUUCCCACCGUCGGCUCAUCUGGUGCCCCUUCAUUCAAGACGACAACGAGGAGAACCAGGAUGACACUAGCCAGACCUUAGCCCUUUUACACGAAGACAGAGCUGAGGUGUGGGAUCUGGAAGUCUUAAGAGCCAACAACAGCAGUUGGCCCAUCGAUGCCACAGACUUAAAGGAAGGCCUCAUCACAGUUAAAGGACAUACCCAGAGAGUCAGUGAAGGAGCCUUGUCUCCCGAUGGAACCGUGUUGGCUACGGCUAGCCACGACGGGUACAUCAAGUUCUGGCAAAUAUACAUCGAAGGGACACAGGACAAGCCAAGGUUAAAAAAGCUGGAUGUUUUUAAAUGUCUUCAUGAGUUGCGGCCCCAUGGAGGGCGUCCGCUCUCCUGCCUUCUUUUCUGCGACAACCACAAAAGACAGGACCCAGAGGUUCCUUUCUGGCGGUUCCUUAUAACUGGGGCGGAUCAGAACCAGGAGUUGAAAAUGUGGUGCACAGUUUCCUGGACUUGUUUACAGACCAUCAGAUUUUCCCCGGAUGUGUUCAACUCCUCCGUUCUGCCGAGUCUCAAGGCCAGUCUGGACCUCUCCGCAGAGUAUCUCAUCCUCACCGACGUGCAGAGAAAGGUGCUGUAUGUGAUGGAGCUCCGGCAGGACCUGGAGAAAGGAAAGGCCACUUUCACAGCGGUGUCAGAGUUCCUACUAACGCACCCCGUGCUCAGCUUUGGGGUCCGAGAUGUGGCACACAGCAGGUUGAGACACACCGAGGUCCUCCCUGCAGAGGAGGAGAGCGAGAGCCUGACAAUAGAGGGCACCCAAGGACCUACAGAGUCCAAGUCUGGGAUCCAAAUUAAACUCUACUGUGUUCACACCAAGAGUCUGCAGGAUGUCCAGAUCUGGUUUCAGCCCAACCAGGGUUACGGCCCGACAGCGUUCCUGCCUCACUCUGAUUCUCAGGAUGUCUUUGCAGGGUUCUCAGACCAUCUCACUGACCAGAGCUCGGACAAGGAGUCAGGAAGUGGAUCACAAACAGACCUGAGGAGUAUCUCCAUGCUCCCUGCUCCCACUGACUUCCUGUCAAACUCGGGCAGCAGCAGUGUGACCAUGCCCAAGCUGAUGACUCCCGAUGCCUUCAUGACUCCCAGCACUUCAGUACCAGCGUCUCCUGGAAGCAGUGCCAGCAGUCUGACCAUUGUGACAGCGAUCAGCAGCAACUCAGACUCCACCAGCAGGGCUUUAGAUGAUGUGAGUCAGAGUCCUAUCAGAGCUGAGAACAACAGCAGCAGCAGCAGCAGCAGUCUGACACUCUCCACCUCCGCCAGCAGCCAAAGAGUUUCUUCUUCCGUGCUGCUGCCUGGACUGGAGAAUCUGCAGGCUUUGGCGCCCUCUAGUGGUCCUCAUCCACUUGAUAGCUCUCAGGUCCUAGACUCCCCCCUCCUGCCCCCUCUGGCCUCUCCGACAAGGGCCCGCUCCCCUGAUGUCAUUUCAUCAGCCUCCACGGCCAUGUCCCAGGACAUGCCUGAAAUCGCAUCCCAGACCCUGCAGCUGCAGCGUGGACUAGUGUCAGGCUUAGACUCUUCUCCUCUUUCUGCACUACAGACAGACAGCAUGGCCUCUGCUGCAUCUGCCCUGCACCUCCUGACCUCCCCACGCACAGCCAACAACAGCCUGUUGCCCCUGGAACUCGGGGGUGCAGAUGGGCCAGUGGGUGGACCAGUGGAGCCAGAACCAAGGCUCAGCAACACUCCGUCUCUCCUUGAGAACGCUCUGUCCCAGGAGAACCCCGGGGCUGGAAUCGGAUCAGCAGAUAGCAGCGUUAGCCACACGCCUUGGCCUGCUGCACCUGACAUCACGAGAGAAACCAGGAACAGUUUGAGGGACAACGGUCUUGGAGACUGUUCAAGAGAUCAAGAAUCAAAGGACAGACACCUGAGCUCACCUUAUCAUCGACGCUCCUAUCACCUCGCACACAAUGACAGCCUGGAUGCCGCUGCGGAGCAGAGCGACCCUGAUGAUGAAGUCGCCAGCCUGGCAUCGUCCUCAGGGAACUGUGGCACCCGUUCCUCUCACAGAGUCCCCGUGAAGGACUGGAAGACCUCACCACGAGGCUCACCCAAAGUAAAGAGGAAGACUAAGAAAGACGACAGUGAAUCAUCCCAGUCCAGGCAAAUGGACUCCGCUCAGAUGAAUGCAGAGGUACAGGACGAGUUGUUGAUGCUCUUGCGUAGCCAGCAAAGGGAGUUAACUGAGCUGCGUGGACAAAUUCAAGCCAUGCAGAGCUCCAUUUUGGCCCAGGUGGAGCACGUGGUGAGCACCCACCAGGAACAGGAUCAGCGCAGACUAGAACGAGUGCUUGCAGAGAGACAGAAUCACCAGCAGCAGCUCCAGGAACAACUCAGCCAGCAGAUCAGCCAUGCCCUCAGCUCGGCUCUGACCAACAGGAUGGACAAAGUGCUACGAGAGGAAAUGAAGAAAACCGUACCACAGACUAUCUCUAAGAGUCUGGAGCCAGUGACGGGUCAGCUGAACAACACAAUUGCUGCUAAGCUCACCGCUGUGGAAGUCACUCUAAAGGAGAAUGUUAACAAGGUCGUCAAAUCCAAGAACACAACAGAUGCGAUUGGUCGAGCUGCAGCUGAAGCGAUGCAGGGGCCAAUACAAGCAGCCUAUAAAGAUGCCUUCCAGAGCAUCGUGCUGCCCGUCUUUGAAAGAGGAUGUCAGUCCAUGUUUCAACAAAUCAACGACAGCUUCAAACAAGGAACACAAGAAUACAUCCAGCAGCUUGAGAGCCACAUGAAGAGCAGAAAGCAGAGAGAGCAGGAAACACGAGACCCCAUCGUUGCCCAGCUCCAGCAGAUGAUCGAGGGCUUCCAGAGCUCCACGGAUCAGCUGACCAGUAACAUCACUGCUAAUGUCCGGGCAGAGGUUCAGCACCAAGUCCAGAUGAUGGUGGGAAAUUUACAAGAGUCUAUUCUAAGCCACGUGCAGCGGAUCGUCAAAGGGGAGGUGAGCCUGGCGAUGAAGGAGCAGCAGGCCGUGGUCACCUCUAGCAUCAUGCAGGCGAUGAGGUCAGCAGCCGGCACGCCCGUCCCAACAGCACACCUCGACUACCAGACACAGCAGGCUAACAUCCUGCAGCUACUCCAGCAGGGUCAGCUGAACCAGGCUUUUCAGCAGGCUCUGUCAGCGACGGAUCUGAACCUGGUCUUAUAUGUAUGUGAGACUAUCGACUCCCAGCAGGUGUUCGGGCAGCACCCCUGCCCUCUCAGCCAGCCUGUGCUGCUGUCACUCAUCCAGCAGCUUUCCUCCAACCUUGCAACCCGCUCUGAACUCAAAAUCAGCUACAUGGAGGACGCAGUGAUGAACUUAGACCACGGAGACCCCAUGACAAGAGACCACAUGGCCAUCGUGCUGGCUCAGGUCAGACCGAAGCUCUUCUCCUUCAUGCAGCAGGAUCCCCACAGCCCGCUCAGCAAGAGGGCCAGACGCCUAAUGAUGAUGCUCCAGGGUCUCGUCAACCACUAGUCCUGCUGCGUUCGUAGCAGGGGGGCCGAAGGACUGUUUCCUCGUAGAUCCAGAUCAGGAGUUUCAUUGAAAUGUUGAGGAGAAGAAAGCAACCAGCCCGACCUCAGCUGGGUUCUGUGUUGGAUGUUGAGGAUGUGGUGUUUGUUGGAGACUUCCUGAAUAACAGUUUGAUACCCUCCAGUCCCUCCAGUCCACGCAACUGAAUCCAGCUCUUUCUAACCCUCCGCUUCUUCUUCUUCUUCUUCUUCUUCUUCUUCUUCUUCUUCUUUGCCCCUGCACUGCUGAAGCAACAACUUAGAUCAUGAUCAUAAAAAAGUUUUUCGUUGGACUCCUUUUUUUUGUGGACACUUUUCAGUCCCGGUGUUCUGGACUCCUAAGUUCAUCAUAGAUCCUUCAGAGGCGUUCUGGUGUCACUCACUCAGCAUCCUCCCCUCACCCUUCACCCUGUUGACGUGCGCGAGACCCAAAGAAUGUCCAGCCGAGCGGUCCACAAGACCGGACCCCGCUGUCCCCUCUGUGCUCCUCAGACCCGUCCCACUAGCUCUAGGUUUGGGGGUGCAGAUUGAAGUAUGAUAGAAGGAAAAAGACUUUUCAAACGUCCCGAUGUCACACGGCCUGUGAGCAAACACACGCUUGGACACUUUGUUUUAAAUCCUGACUUUUAUUUAAAUCGCUGACUCCUCACUCGGGCCGACUUUAGAUUCAGCUGGUACGGGAUUACGCCGUCUUUCGUUCACGUAUUUUAACAACCAAGGUAAUCCUGGCAGCUGAAAGCACUUGACAUUCAAAGCCAUGUUCUGUUCCAGUUAUCUCCUGAUGGGUUUGAACCCCGACUCUCAGCGGGCCACGUCUCCCCUGAGCUUUGAGCAGGAUCAACAGGUGAAAUAGAUUUUAUUGAACGCUAAUUGAAUUUGUUCCUGUGUUGGAUGAAAAGCAGAUUUUCCUGUUUGGCCUUUUUUUCAAAUCUAAGUGUAGUAACAGUUUCUGGAUGAAACAAAGAAGAUAACUAAAUCACAGUUUGAGAUGCAGCGUGUUUUCUAAGCGCUUGAAAAGGAACCCUGUUAAAUCUGCACCGUUUGGAGUCCAGGUUAAGCUUCUGCAUCCUCCACCUGUGUCCUGUAUAUCCACAGACCCCCCCCCCCUCCACCCCUCCAUGUUUUCUUUUGUAUGUCCUUUUUUAUGGAACAUUUAGUAUUUGUAAGACUUGUAUACUUGCUUUAAGAAACUAGUUAAGAGACAUUAUAAAACACUUCCUGAUUAUAAUUGUUACUGAUGAUGCUAUUUUGUUCAGAUAUUCCAAAAACAGUUUGUGAAGUAAGUGUGCAGUUACCUCUCUUCAGCUGUAGGAGGCAGCAGUUCAACUGCAGAUCUUCAACCUGCUUCGAUUUGAAUUCAGAAGUCAUUCCUUCUCACGCGGCGUCUGUUUGACCGACCGCUGCAAAGCUGCCUUUAGGUUUUAGACGCACUGUUUGAUCAUCGUCAUCAUCAUCCCAGUGUGUGAUUCUUUGUGUACACCUCCUUUACUCACAUCAUGGUUGAAUCGCAGGGUGAUGCACUGAUUUGCUGAUUGUAAAAUAAAGUUCUGUUGAUUUGAUCCGUCUUUAGAAUCUGUAAAGUUUGAUUUGCUAGCAAGUGCCUUAUUGUACUCUACACAUCAUACUUUGAUAUUUGACCUGCCGCGGCAGCCCCGUCAAACUUCUGUUUCUGCAUGCAGAGGUUCUCUGUGUCCGACACACAGCAGAGGUUCUCUGUGUCUGAGGUUCUCUCUGUCAGAGGUUCUCUGUGUCUGACACACAGCAGAGGUUCUCUGUGUCUGACACACAGCAGAGGUUCUCUGUCAGAGGUUCUCUCUGUCUGAGGUUCUUUGUGUCUGACACACAGCACAGGUUCUCUGUCAGAGGUCCUCUGUGUCUGACACACAGCAGAGGUUCUCUGUGUCUGAGGUUCUUUGUGUCUGACAUGCAGCAGAGGUUCUCUGUGUCUGGGGUUCUCUCUGUCAGAGGAUCUCUGUGUCUGGGGUUCUCUCUGUCAGAGGAUCUCUGUGUCUGAGGGUCGUCUGCAUCAUUUGUUUGCAAACCUGUGAUUACUGAGACAGCUGAUUUGGGCUGAUAUCUGAAUGCUCAUUAAGCAGAGAGAUGAUUAUUAUGUUGAAUAUUAACAAUCUGGCGUUUCAGUUCCACACCCUGGCCUGUUGUCCUCCUCUGAGUGAGAGCUGUGUAAGAAUGAAUAUAUCUCCUCUGUUCUUUUCUUCUGCUUGGAUGGUUCUGUUGUAUCUUUUACAGUUUAUUUUACUCUUGGAAUAAAAAAGACUUCUUCAGUUUA